CACCUUCCGGCCGGUGAUUGGCUAAAGGCCGAAGGCCAUAGUUUGUGUGUCUGUGUGUGCCUGGUUCAUUCGCGUUGACACUUGGAGUUUACGGCUUCACACACAACCGAACGCAACCGAACCGCUGAGUGUUAAUCACACAGGAGCCAGAGGACGCUCCGCGUUUGUAAAGAGACUCCAGAGGCAGACGGUCCACGAGGCUGAGAUGUGGCUCAUUGAACUGUCCAUUGAUGACAGUGACCGCAGCUUAAAAGUCUCCUGAAACAUACAGUCCGUUCCUGUAUCUAACAGACGGGUGCCGCGUCUUCCAACAUCUUUAUUCUGCCAAAUGUUGACUUAACAGUGCAGUGAAAUUAGCACAUCCGUCUCGGUGCUCGCCCGGGAUGGGUCUACCUGUGGACAGCCCUGACAGAAAUGAUGAUGCACACAAAUACGAGCAGCAGGGAGAGGAGGCCGAGGGCCAGGCUGAAGCCGACAGCCACGUCCUGCUGCCCAUCACCAGGAAGAGGAGAAAAGGCAAGAAGAGACUGUGGAUCAAUCUCACCAACUGCAAAUAUGAAAGUGUGCGGAGAGCCGCUCGCAGAUACGGCCUCAGGGAAGCGAUGGAGGGUGAGGACUGGACGCUGUUUUGGACCGACUGCUCCGUGUCUCUAGACCGCGUUAAGGACAUGAAGCGUUACCAGAAAAUCAACCAUUUUCCUGGGAUGACUGAGAUCUGCCGCAAAGAUUUACUGGCAAGGAACAUGAACCGCAUGCUGAAGCUUUUUCCCAAAGACUACAACAUCUUCCCCCGAACCUGGUGCCUCCCUGCAGACUACAGUGACUUCCAAGCUUACACCAGGGCCAAAAAAAGCAAGACCUACAUCUGUAAGCCAGACACCGGCUGCCAGGGCAAAGGCAUCUUCAUCACCAAAUCCAGCAAAGACAUUCAAGCUGGAGAGCACAUGAUCUGCCAGGUUUACAUCUCCAAGCCUUUUAUAAUCGAUGGCUACAAGUUUGACUUGCGCAUCUACGUCCUGGUGACGUCAUGUGACCCAUUCAGCAUCUUCAUGUUCAAGGAGGGACUGGCUCGCUUCUGCACCACCAGCUACAACGAACCAACGUUCAGCAAUGUGGAUGAUGUGUGCAUGCACCUUACUAACUACUCCAUCAACAAGCACAGUGCGAACUUCCUGCGUGACGAUGACACAGGGAGCAAAAGAAAACUCUCCACCUUGAACAAGCUCCUGGAUUCCAUCGGCUGCAACACAGAGAAGAUGUGGAGCAGCAUUGAAGACGUGAUCAUAAAGACACUGAUCUCUGCUCACCCCAUCCUCAAGCACAACUACCACACCUGCUUCCCCAACCACACCACUGGCAGCGCCUGCUUCGAGAUCCUGGGCUUCGAUGUGCUGCUGGAUCACCGGCUCAAACCCUGGCUGCUGGAGGUGAACCACUCCCCAAGUUUUACCACCGACUCACAGCUGGACCGAGAGGUGAAGGACGCUCUGCUGUACGACACCCUCAUUCUCAUCAACUUGGGCGCCUGCGACCGUCGCAAGAUCACCAAGGAGGAGCGUCGCAGGGUGAAGGACAGGCUGCAGCAGAAUCGCUCCAGAGAGGCCAGGUCCGAGGAGCUGCGUCAGUGUCAGGCAGCCACGGUGGAGCAGAUGGAGCAGUACGAAGCCAAACACCUGGGAGGGUUCAAGAGAAUCUAUCCCAGAGAGGAAGCAGAGAAGUACGACAAGUACUUCAAACACAGCAGCUCGCUUUUCCAGGAGACUGCAGCUUCCAAGGCCAGAGAGGAGUGUGCCAGGCAACAACUGCAGGAGCUGCGUCUAAAGCAGGAGCAACAGGAGCAGAAGGACCUGAAGGGAGGCCGGAGGAGGGACCUGCAAGGGGAGACUGCGGGGGAGAGAGUCAAACCCCGGCGAGCAGCAGCGCUUCCCCCCAACUCCAACUGUGGCCUGAAGGCGGUGAGGCAGAGUGGAGCCUCCUGUGGCCACAGCACUACUGGAUACGGAGGCUGCAGGCAUCGAGGAGGAGCAGGAGGACGAGGAGGUGGCCGACGUGGAGGAGCAGGAGCGGCUCGACGCGCUGCUCCAGAGGAAGAAGCUGCUGCAGGACCUGGGGGUGGUGGAGCAGAUCCAGCAGCUGCUGCAGGGCCGAGCAGAGGCGGGGGGAGCGGCCGGGGACGGCGGCACCCACCAGGACACUCAGCUGAGACCACCGCAAACAAAGUUUUCACAAGGGCCAAGGCUGCAGCAGAUCUCACAGCAGCACAUCCAGUCCCGCUUGAACCAGCAGCAUUUGCUCAGGCUCGCGAUGGACCAGCGGAGCCGGAACGAGUCCGUCUGCCUGCAGAACAAACCCGAGAGCAGCAGCAGAACAGACCUGCACAGGACCAUCAGCGUGCAGUGGAGGCACUGGCCAGUCAGCGGCUCUCUCACUGCACGGCAGGACACCAGAACCAGCUCCUACACCGGCACCCGGUGCCGGCCCAGCAUCCCCGUGCCGCCGCACGGCCCCGGCGGAGGCCUGCGCUGCUCCCACGCGGCCCGCCACCCCCCGGACCUGCAGAGCCUGCUGGUGGUCUCCACCCGCGCCCCGCUGCUCCGGAGGCCUGGCUUCUCUCCGCUCGUCCACGGCUCCUCCAGCAGAGCGGCCCAGCACGGCAAGAAGCCGUGAGGAGCACGAGCACGAGCACGAGCAGCGACUCCUCCAGCCGGCAGAGAGCAGGGCCGCAGGCAGACCCAGACCCAAGCUGCAGGUUAUGAACACAAACACCUGGAGGCAGCUGCAGGCGGAGAGGCCUCGCGGUGGUUAACCAGAAGCUGGACACUCAGUUUAACAUCCAACACCAGUAUGGCUUAACAUUUUCUGCAUUGUGUGUGCAGUCAUGAUUUUUUCUCAGGAUGCUUUAUCUUAAACAAAUCCUACCAUAAGUGCCAAAAUAAAAAUUUAAUUUGUCCAUUUGCUUUAAAA